GGCCCGGGGCGGGAGCGGGGCCGGAGCGGCGGGCGGCGGGUGGCGGGGGCCCGGCCCGGAGCCGCCGGCAUGACGGGCCGCGUGUGCCGCGGCUGCGGCGGCACGGACAUCGAGCUGGAUGCGGCGCGCGGCGACGCGGUGUGCACGGGCUGCGGCUCGGUGCUCGAGGACAACAUCAUCGUGUCCGAGGUGCAGUUCGUGGAGAACAGCGGCGGCGGCUCGUCGGCCGUGGGCCAGUUCGUGUCCCUGGACGGUGCCGGCAAAACCCCAACCCUGGGCGGCGGCUUCCACGUGAACCUGGGGAAGGAGUCAAGAGCGCAGACCCUGCAGAACGGGAGGCGCCAGAUCCACCAUCUGGGGAACCAGCUGCAGCUGAACCAGCAUUGCCUGGACACAGCCUUCAACUUCUUCAAGAUGGCCGUGAGCAAGCACCUGACCCGCGGCAGGAAGAUGGCCCAUGUGAUCGCGGCCUGCCUCUACCUGGUGUGCCGGACGGAAGGCACCCCGCACAUGCUGCUCGACCUCAGCGACCUGCUCCAGGUGAACGUUUACGUGCUGGGGAAGACGUUCCUUCUUUUGGCGAGAGAGCUCUGCAUCAAUGCACCAGCAAUAGACCCCUGCCUGUACAUCCCUCGCUUCGCCCACCUGCUGGAGUUCGGCGACAAGAACCACGAGGUGUCCAUGACGGCGCUGAGGCUCCUGCAGAGGAUGAAGAGGGACUGGAUGCACACGGGCCGGCGCCCCUCGGGCCUCUGCGGAGCAGCGCUUCUGGUUGCAGCCAGGAUGCACGAUUUCCGGAGAACUGUCAAAGAGGUCAUCAGCGUGGUCAAGGUGUGCGAGUCCACGCUGCGCAAGAGGCUCACAGAGUUUGAAGACACCCCCACCAGUCAGCUGACCGUGGACGAGUUUAUGAAGAUCGACCUGGAGGCGGAGUGCGACCCCCCGUCCUACACAGCUGGGCAGAAGAAGCUGCGGGUGAAGCAGCUUGAACAAGUCCUGUCAAAACAGCUGGAGGACGUGGAAGGUGAAAUUUCCAGCUACCAGGACGCAAUUGAGAUUGAACUAGAGAACAGCCGGCCGAAGGCAAAGGGGGCCCUCGCCAGCCUCACGAGAGAUGGCUCCGUCGAGGACACCACGUCCAGCGUGUUUGGUGAGGAGGACGCCGAGGACGAGGAGCUGGAGGCGGCCGCCAGCCACCUGAACAAAGACUUCUACCAGGAACUUCUUGGGGGUGGCAUUGCUGGCAGCUCGGAGGCGGCAGGAGGCCCCGAGGGGGUCAGUAGGCCCUCCGCCCUGGAGAGCCUGCUUGGCCCUCUGCCCACAGCGGCCAGCCUGGGCAUCUCGGACUCCAUCCGAGAGUGCAUCUCCUCCCAGAGCCGGGAUCCCAAAGACGCGUCCGGCGACGGUGAGCUAGACCUCAGCGGCAUCGAUGACCUCGAGAUCGACAGGUACAUCCUGAACGAGGCGGAAGCCCGCGUGAAGGCCGAGCUGUGGAUGCGGGAGAAUGCCGAGUACCUGCGGGAGCAGCGGGAGAAAGAAGUGAGAAUCGCCAAGGAGCGGGAGCUCGGCAUCUACAAGGAGCACAAGCCCAAGAAGUCUUGCAAGCGCCGGGAGCCCAUCCAGGCCAGCACGGCCGGGGAGGCCAUCGAGAAGAUGCUGGAGCAGAAGAGGAUCUCCAGCAAGAUCAACUACAGCGUGUUGCGCGGCCUCGAUGGCGCGGGCGCGGGCGCGGGCACAGGCCGCCCGCUCGGGGAGGGCGCCCAGCCGCAGGACAAGGCCGGCACCGUUAAGCUGUCUCGGCGGAAGGCACCUGCCCGGAGGGGCAGGGCUGACCCCGCCGCCAGCCUGGGGAAGAGGCUGAGGCCGAUGGUGUCGACGCAGCCGGCGAAGAAGGUGGCCGUGGGGGAGGCCGUGCUCCCGAGUGCCCCCUCCCUGGGAGCCGAGCCCGUCAGGCCCACGGCGGUCGUGGUGGAGAGCGGGCCGGUGUCGUACCACCCGGAGGAGGACGCCGAUGAGGAGGAUGCCGACGAAGAGGACGGGGAGCCCUGCGUCAGCGCCCUGCAGAUGGUGGGCGGCAGCGAUUACGGCUGUGACGGUGACGAUGAGGAUGGCUGCUGAGGCGUGGCGCUGCCGGCGCUGCCUCCUGAGGGGCCCGCCCGCGGGCGUGCGAGCCGAGAUGGGGCGAUAAGGUGGGCGCCGCCCUGCCUCUCCUGCCGCUCAUCUCCGUGCCCCUGGCCGUUGGGACCAUGUUGUGAGCAACAUAAGCGGUGCUUGUGCCCAGCAGGCGGGGCCGGACCAGGUGUCUGUGUCUGGUCAGAGGUGGGUCUCACGGCCUAGGGACCCUUGCGGGCAGCACUGUCGUGUCCCGUGGAGGGAAACUGAGGCACAGGGAGGGCCAGCCGCUUGUCCAAGCGAGCGGAGGGCUGGGCGGGCUCCCGGACCCUCUGCCCACGCGGAACCAGUUUCCUGUGCCCCUCACCUUCUUGCCGUGUCCGGGGAGCACUUUGUGCCCAGCUGUUCCGGAGCAGGUCGUGUGUCCUCAGCCAGGCCCUCGUGCCUCCCUGCUGCUGCCUGGGUCCUGGGGCCCCUGUGGAUCUGCACGCAGGAGCCCAGAGGCCGCUCGGCCAGCCGGCCAGCCGGCAUCACUCAGCAGACGCGUGCACAGCGGCGCUGGGCAGCCCGUGCGGCUGGCAUGGGUGAGAGCCACAGGUGCUUCCUGUCCCAGCUGCAGUCCGGCUCGCUGCCCACGGGGGCGUGGCUGGCAGAGGAUCCUCGAGCUUGGCAGCCCUGCUCCAGGUCGUUCCUGCCGCCCAGAACCGCCCAGGCCGGGCCCCUCGCUGUGAGCCCGGGGACCACGCGGCUGUGCUCGCGCAUCGCUGCCCUGGAGGUGCCCCCCAGCCUUGGCCACCACCCCUCGCGAUGGCAGAGCCAUGCCACACUGCCUUCCCGGGGCCCAGCCCCCCGCCCCUGGGGUGGGCAGACCCCUCCAAGAGCACGCGUCCCGGAGAGCAGCCUCCCGGUGUGCACCCGCGUUUGCAGGGGAGGCAUUUUAAGGCUCUCGGCUGUACCCCUUGGCCUGUACUCUGGAGCCAGCCCGCACCCAGGGCUCCUGGAAGGCUGGAGUGGAGGGUUGCUUUGGUGCAACAGAGAUCGUUCCUUG